AUGGCUGAGGCAAGGUGGGAUGAAGAUCGGACCGAGGAAGACAACCGAAAAGGAGGUAGGAAUGUGAUUCCACUGGAAGAGGCAGACAUAUCAGAAGGUAUUAAUACUUGUUCCCAUAGUCUCUAUGGCAGACUCUUUGCUUCCAAAAUCUUCUCAGUUGGAACCAUGGGGAAUGCUUUAAAGGCUAUAUGGGGAAAUCUAGAGGGAUUUAGCGUGAGUGAUAAAGGGGACAAUUUCCAAUUCUUUUUUAAUAAAGAGGUGGAUAUCUUGCGUGUUAAACGUGGUUCUCCAUGGCUAUUCAAGGAUUACGUGCUCCAUGUCAAGAGAUGGAAGGAAGAUCAGAAGGGUGAUGAAGAGAUUAUUUCUAAUUUUUCAAUUUGGAUUCAAUUUUGGGGUUUACCAGAAUCGUUUAAAACCCUCGAAGGUGGACGUAAAUUGGGAGAGAGGCUGGGCACAGUGUUAGAGGUAGGUAAAUUUCAGAUGAGAGGCAGAGAAACUAGGAUUGUAAAGGCUAAGAUCAAUAUUGAAGCUACCAAGAAAGUAAGGGAUCAGUUAAUUGUUGCAGGACCUAAUAAAAAGGAGGUAGAGGUGGCAUUGCGCUAUGAGGGACUUGAAAUGUUCUGUACCUACUGCACAAAAUUGGGGCACGAGGUGAAAAACUGCCACGAUUUGCUGAAGGACACAGAGAGUGAUAGGGUAAAAGAGGAUGACAUUGGUGAAUGA